GAACCCAGUUUCACUAUGGUUUCACUUUGCACUGCGAGUUUUAAAUUUCUGACAGUCGUCCACUCCAUGGCAAAUAAACUUGUCCAUAGAAGAGAAGAUCAUCUGAUGUGAUCACAUGACAAGAACUGAAUCGACAGAUCUGAUUGUUAUCUUAGCUGAUAAAUGCAUACAUGUAUGUGCAACACAAGUGAACUGCAUGUACACAGUAGGCGUACACUUUUGCAGCGAAAUGACUGUUUGGUUGAGUUUGCUGGUCCCUUUUGCUCUGGUGGGGAUACUAGUUGUUCCUUCGCUCUGCCAGGAUGCUUAUCCUGUGAGUAAUCUUACCGGUACACAUGACAUGUACACAGACAGAGUGUGCAGGACAGAUGUGCAGUACCCUCCUGAGGAUCCCAAGGCUAAAGUGCCGUCCUUUGUCUUGAAUCUUGACCUAAGCCCAGAGGAGCGCUGGCGGCCACUUGUGAAGAAUAAGAGUGCUGAGGUGAAGGCUCUGUUAAAUGAUCUUAUUGAUCUGUUGGGAGCUUUCUUCAAUGAAACCAAAGUAACUGAACUUCUGGAUGACAUAAUGGCUCCCUUGGCAUUCACCCUUCCUCAGCCGUAUCAAGAUGAGAUUUUAGGAAUUGCUGAGUCGACUGGCAUACCUCUAGGUCAGAUUGUUCUGUACAAUAUUUUUUAUGAAGUGAAUCCAUUCUGCACAUCAAUUGUGGCUGAAAAUUCCAAUGGAACCCUGUACCAUGCAAGAAACAUGGACUUUGGGAUCUUUCUUGGGUGGGAUGUUAAGAGUAAACAGUGGGCGGUGACAGAGAGCCUGAAACCCCUGCUUGUGAAUGUGGACUACCAACAAGGAGGGAAAACGGUUGCCAAGGCUGUUCACUUUGCUGGUUACAUUGGAGUUAUCACUGGAGUUAAACCAGGUGUGUUGACCAUGACAAUGAAUGCGCGCCACAGCCCUGACAGCGGAUUCCUGGGGUUCCUGCAAUGGAUCAUGGGUAGAAGGUCAGAACAGUGGACAGGAUUCUUUAUGAGAGACACACUGAUGGAAGCCACUGAUUAUGCAACCACUAAAACCAGGGUGGUAAAUGCCAAGCUUAUGGCCCCAGCCUACAUUAUAUUAGGAGGCACAAAGACAGGUGAAGGUUCUAUUAUCGUCAUCGACAGAGAGAAGCCAGCUUACGUUGAAGAGUUGGAUCCAAAGAAUGGCAAAUGGUUUCUCGUUCAAACCAACUAUGACCCAACGGAUAAGCCACCUUUCUAUGAUGACAGACGCACAUCAGCCCUAAAGUGCAUGACCAACACUACUCAAAAGGCAGUUGGCUUGGGGCCCAUAUACAACGUUCUGUCAACCAAGCCCAAUCUCAACCUGUUAACAACCUACUCUGCCUUGAUGCAAGUCAACAUGGGCUACUUGGAGACCUUCCUUCGUGAAUGCCCCCAGCCAUGCUAUCCAUGGUAAACAGGAUUUUAUCUUAAGGAGACUUUGAAUUAACUGUAUGAUAUGGUUUUCUUCUCAUUCAGAAUGGAAUUGAUUUUUUAGGGGGGCCAGGCGGGAUUUGGUUUAUUACUUAACAAGUGAUUGCAGCAGUUGAGACAAAUGAUGCUUGAAUGAACAAUUGUUCAUUGUUAAUUUUUUUAGUUUUCUAAAUUUUGGCGUAUUCUCAGGACAGUUGUUUUGUUGUAUACAUGCAUCAACUGAUUGGUUUAACCGUCUGUUCUGCAAUAUGACUCAAGCUUUCUAGAUUAUAAAACUGAUCCAGGAUAUAUAUUUAUGGCAAUAUGUGAAUGCUCCAUUUAUAGAUAAUUUGUUUGGAUGUAAAUGUGUGUAAUAGUUUUGUAUUUUGGAAUAAUUUUGUCCUUGAUUCACUUCAUUUAUUUGAAUACAAACAACCUUUUAUACAAAUCCAAAAAGCAGCUGGAGUUAAAUUUGAGGCUGUAAUUUUCUGUUACGAUUGUAAAGACAGUGCUAUAAAAACAGUACUUAAUUAGAUACAAGAAAAUGAAGCCAAUUUUGCAGCUGACAGAAGCUGGGAUGGAGAUGAAUUAUCGUCGGUUCCAUGUCGAAACAUUUUCAGGCUUAGAUGCGUGCAGACUGGCCGUCUUAAUUUGCGUUAAUUUCUUAAUUUGAUGAUUUGGAAAUACAGUUUUGCAUGCAAAUUUCGAUAUUAAUUAUGUACUUGGAGGUAGGCCUAUUUUGACUUCAUUUGGAGAGAUUGAUUCAUGAUUUUUUGGCUCUAAAACGGAUCUCAAUUGUCGUUUGACUUUAGUGCUAUUAUUAAUUGCAAAAUAAAUAUUUUCAUCAGGAUGAGUUUGAAUUUCAUAUUUUGAUAGAGCUAUAAUAUCACCAUGCAAUAUUGUAUGAAAAUAUGAGAGAUUUUAUAUAUAGGCCCUACUAAUCAAUGACUCGUGGACCCCCGAGAUUGGUAAUAAAAGAAUUAAUAGUUGAACAAAUGCAGAUGGAUGGUGACGAUAGCUUUGUUUAGAACAGUCAUUGUUAGAUCACCUUUUGAAAGACUUCAAAAGAUGUAUUUAUAAUCAAGCAAAAUUAUCUAACGAUCUCAUCACAGGUGAACCACCUCAAAAAGGCAACUCAAAGGUAAUGGUUAUUUCCUCCUUGAAUAAUUGUCAGAAUUUGUUUCUGAUAUUCAAAUCAAAUAAAGCUUACGUCGUUAUCCUUCAAAACUGAAGACUUCAUUUAAAUUUGAUGAAUGCUUUAAGUAGCAUAACUCACUUUUGGUUUUGUCCAAUUGUUUACUUUGCACGUGCAUGCCAUCGUUGAGUAAUGUAUUAUUACACAACUGUUUCGUUCCACACUUCUUUAAAAUUAAUCUUUUAAAUUAGCUGUAUUAACCUUGAAACUGAUGCUAAUUUCAGAGGGCGGUGGUUGUUAAUGGUGAAGUUUCAAGUUCCUUAGUUUGUUCCAGAGACACCAACUUCAGCUGAACCCGUACAGUUUACCUCGAGUCAGUUUUAUCUUAUGUACUUCUAUCAUAGUCUAUUAACUACUUUGAAUUAUUGCGGGAUUUUCUGUUUGUCGAUGGAAAAUUUGUUUCAAUAUGACAGACCCUUUUUCAGUACGGUCACUUCAUUUUACGGGCCUUUCCACUGAUCCCAUUUGAUAAAGGAUAUUAAAGGUUUGCAGCACCCGAAGUUCUGGGUUUCCAAAGCCCGCAA